CAAGAAGAUCCUGGAACUCAUGUCCAACAUCAUCCAGCUGCUGACUGGAGAGGUUGCCAUAAGGACUCAUCAUGUUUCCAUCUAUUUUUCCUUGGACGAGUGGGACUAUAUAAAAGGAAACAAGGACCUUUACAGGGAAGGGAUAAAGGAGGAGCCACAGCAGCUCCGCCCACUGGACUGUGAAUAUGAAGAUAAGAGAGAUAUUACAGCUGAUCUGGGAGGAACAUUAUGUUAUAAUAAUGAGCCAAGCAAGAUUGGGGCUGAAGGAGCAGAAUUUUGUCACAAUGGAAAUCUUACAAACCCGGAAACUCCUCCAGUGGAACAGCCGCCACCAGCCAAUGGGAUUAAAUUGGAAGUGACUUCAUGGAAAGAGAGAAACCAAUCAGAAGUGGCUUCAUGGGAAAUGGAAAACCAAUCAGAUUGCAGCAUUAAUCCACUUACAGAACAGAUACAGGGAACAGAUAAACCUAAUCAUAUUGUGCAAUACAACCCCUUAAUGACGCAGGAUAAUAAAGAUGAUGAAAAUCCUGAUACAUCCCCACAUGAAUCUCGUGUCACAAAACAGAUUCUUCAAAAAAGAGACAUCAAUAAACAUCAAAGAAAUCAAACACAACUUCAAUAUCAUCACAGACCCCGCACAGGAGAGAAAACAUUUCCUUGUUGUGAAUGUGGGAAAUGUUUUGCCAGAUCAUCAGACCUUACUGUCCAUCAACGAACCCACACGGGAGAGAAACCUUAUUCAUGUUCUGAAUGUUGGAAAUGUUUCUCAACUCGUUUUAACCUUGCUCAUCAUCAAAUAACUCACACAGGAGAGAAACCUUAUUCUUAUUCUGAAUGUGGCAAAUGUUUUACAAAAAAGAGUAGUCUCAAAACACAUUCCAAAAUGCACAAAGGGGGAGCAGAUUUGUGUGCCAAUGUAAAUAUCACAAACCUUAAAGGGGGGAACCAAUCAGAUUGCAGCAUUAAUUCGUUUACAGAACAGACAAAGGGAACUGAUAAACCUACUCCUAUUGUGCAAUACAACCCCUUAAUAAUGCAGGAUAAUAAAGAUGAUGAAAAUGCCAAUACAUCCCCAGAGGAAUCUUGCAUAACAAAACAGAUUCUUCAAAAAAAAGACAUCGAUAGACACCAAAGAACUCAAACACAACUUAAAUAUCAUCACAGAACUCACACAGGAGAGAAACCAUUUCCUUGUUCUGAAUGUGAGAAAUGUUUCUCAACUCAUCAGAUCCUUGUUCGUCAUCAAAAGAUUCACACUGGGGAGAAACCAUUUCCUUGUUCUGAAUGUGGGAAACGUUUUGCCAGAUCAUCAGACCUUUCUGUCCAUCAACGAACCCACACGGGAGAGAAACCAUUUCCUUGUUCUGAAUGUGGGAAACGUUUUGCCAGAUCAUCAGAUCUUACUGUCCAUCGACGAACCCACAGAGGAGACACACCCUAUUCUUGUUCUAAUUGUGGGAAAAGUUUUACAAGAUCAUCAUACCUUACUGUCCAUCAACGAAUCCACACAGGAGAGAAACCUUAUUCUUGCUCUAAAUGUGGGAAAUGUUUCUCAACUAAAUUUAGCCUUGCUUGUCAUGAAAGUACUCACACAGGGGAGAGACCAUUUCCUUGUUCUGAAUGUGGGAAACGUUUUGUCACUUCAUCACAACUUACUGACCAUCAACUAACCCAUACGGGAGAGAAACCCUAUUCUUGUUCUGAAUGUGGGAAAUGUUUUUUGAAACAAAGUCAACUUAAAUGUCAUUUCAGGACCCACACAGGGGAGAAACCUUUCUCUUGUUCAGAAUGUGGGAAAUGUUUUAGAAAUUACUGUAGUCUUAAAGUACAUUUCAAAACGCACAAAGGAAGAGCAGAUUCUUGUGCCAAUGGGAAGAUCACAAACAUUGAAGGGGGGGAACCAAUCAGAUUGCAGCAUUAAUCCACUUACAAAAUAGAUACAGGGAACAGAUACACCUACUCCUAUCAUUGAAAACAACCACUUAACAAAACAGAGUCUUCAGAAAAGAAACAUUGAUGGACACCAAAGAACUCAAACUCAACUUAAAUAUCAGCACAGAACCCUCAAAGGGGAAAAACCUUUUUCUUGCUCUGAAUGUGGGAAAUGUUUCUCAACUCAUAAAAUCCUUGUUUGUCAUCAAA